AUUAAUAGUAUCGGAAGCACAUGACUUGUUUGUGUUUGUUUAUGUUCAACACGUGUUGAUGAGCACAUGGUUGCAUACCUGGUUUGUUAUUGUAUGAUUUGAUUGGCUAUUGUAUGUCGCAAUGCAGGUAUUCUACCCGUUUGUACGAGGGUAGGAUCGUGAUUCUCGUGCAGAAUCUCAUUAUAAAUAUAAGAUAUUUUUAUAACCAGUUAUUCGAAGUUCUGCCUUUACAGAGUAGCAUACCUUCCGUUUCGUUAUACACAUAAUGACCGAAAACCACUCAGACGACGAGGACACUUUGCUUUUGCACGAGCCACCAGUACAUUCAGGUGCCAAGUCUAGUUCUGUACCACAGAUAAGUGAUCAAACUUUUGAACUUUUUACAUCUUAUUUUGAUAGUAAGAUUUCUUCUCUGAAGAACGAGUUAGUCUCCGGGAACGACUCCCUAGCUAAGAAGCUCAAGAAAGAGGUGUCUGUUAAGCUUAAGGGGGAAGGGAAUCAGAUUCAAUACUCCUUCAACUCAGAUAUAGUUUCCGAAUUGCAGAAACUUCAGAAGCGUACAUCCGCGGAAGAUUCCGUUAGCACCAAUUUGAUAUCAGGCCUUAUUCUUAAAAUCAACAGGAGGAAUAAAUUGAUUCGAAUUGCCGACAAGUCGCCAGCAGGCUGGUCCACAGUCAGAGAAUACGAAAGUGAUGACCUGGCAUCAGAUUCAGAAGAUGAAAAACGCUUACGGCAAGCAGAAAGCAGGGCCCUCAAGACAAUCAAAGAAAAGAAAACCCGUGGAAAACCUUACUCAAAACCGUCCGCCACCGUUUCUAGACCUGCCAACUCUACUGAUACUAGUAACAGUUACUAUCAGCCUUACAACGCUACUCAGCAGCCCUUUCCGAGGUUCCGUCGCCGCGAGGCGACCCCAUACGACACCUGUUACGAGUGUCACCAAACUGGCCACUUCAAGAGGAACUGCCCAAAAGCAACAAACAAACCAACCUUUGGAAACUUGUCAAAGUGAAAAGAUACAAGGUUUUGCAGAUGUUUUUAGUACUGGUCGUUGGUCUAAGGAUAAAAUACCACAGAAUGAAGCUCUUAGCAAUCUUGCAAAAUGUCUUCCAGAUUAUUGUUUAAAUUCUAGAGCUGAUAAUACUAGAAAGAAAUACAGGUAUGCAUUUAAUAGCUUUUGUAAAUGGUGUAAUUUAUUUAAUAUAAAGCCUUUACCGGCAUCAGAUUACAAUGUCUCAUUAUAUUUGAUUCACUUACGAAAAAAUUAUAAUUCUUCUGCAAAGAUAGAUGAAGCAUAUUAUGCCAUUCAAUGGACACACAAAUUAGCUGGAUAUGUAAAUCCUUGUGAUUCUUUUCUUUGUACUUCCGUAAAAGAAGGUACACAAAGGUCAAUCGGUCAUCACAUUGUAAACAAGAAGGAACCAAUAACUCCUCAUAUUCUUAAUCAACUGGUUUUGAAAUACGGCAAUACAAAUAGUACUUUAAAUCAUAGAAGAAUAGCAUGUAUGUGUCUCGUUAGCUAUGCCGGAUUUUUAAGAUUUUCAGAAUUAGUUAAUUUAAAAAGGUCAGAUGUUUCAUUUCAUUCAUUAUAUAUGUCUUUAUUCAUCGAAAAAAGCAAAACGGACCAACAAA